UGUAUUUUUCUUUCAUCACGUCAGUCAGAUAGGGAGGCGUUUCCAUAGUCGACCGUUGUUGAUGGUGGAAGUCUUGUAGGUCGUGCUGUUUUCAUGAUGUUUCUCCCCAACAUCCAGGGCGAUAUGCAUUUUAAACCGACUCGAGACAGAUUCUACACGACAAGAUGUUGUGGAUGCUGCCAUGUUCGGACAGGAACGAUUAUCCUGGGAACAUGGUAUAUGGUGGUGAAUCUGCUAAUGGGGAUUCUGCUGACGGUGGCUGUCACCCACCCUGAGAACGUGCCCGCCGUCAACCUGCAGUACGAGGCCAUUGAGUAUUACCUAGCCUCCGACAGGAUGUCAGAAAACGCCUGCGUGGGAUUCGCCAUCUCUCUCCUGAUGGUCACCAUCAGUGCAAUGAUGGUGUACGGGGCCAUCACUCACCGUGAUGGCUGGCUCAUCCCAUUCCUCUGCUACCAGAUGUUUGACUUCAUCCUCAGCUGCUUGGUGGCCAUCAGUUCUCUGACCUACCUGCCGCGCAUCAAGGACUACCUGGACCAGCUGCCGGACUUCCCUUACAAGGACAACCUGCUGUCUCUGGACUCCAGCUGCCUGCUGCUCUUCGUCCUGGUCUUCUUCGCCUUCCUCAUCAUCCUCAAGGCCUACCUGAUCAACUGUGUGUGGAACUGCUACAAGUACAUCAACAACCGAAACAUGCCUGAGAUUGCAGUCUACCCUGCCUUCGAAACCCCUCCUCAGUACGUGUUGCCCACCUAUGAGAUGGCCAUGAAGAUGCCGGAGAAGGAGCCGCCCCCACCCUACAUGCCUGCCUGAACAUCCCCCUGACCCUGACCCCCCCCCCCCCUUUACCCCGUCCUUCCCCCACCCACCUGUUCUGCCCACCCUUCUCCCUUCUCAUCACGUAAUUGUCUGUACAGUCACCAAGAACUCAUUGAACCCUUCUUGCAUCACUUUCCUGAGUGGAGUGGAGUGCAUUACACGACCUCUUGUUAGUUCCCUGCCCUCCUCCCUUGGUUAUUGAGGAGUCAUCGGGUGACGUCAGUAAGAUGAGAAGGUAAAGGCAGGUUGCACAGGCCUGCCGAGGUGGACUUGAGCUUGUGUACAUAACAAAAAGCGGUUUAAAGGUUUUUCUGUCACUUUUUUUUGUCUCCUCUCUCAAUCUUUCCGUCACUUCAUGUCUUCUGUUUGUUUUUCUGUCUGUUGGCCUUUUUGGAUCCCUUGUUGAAGUUAUUUUGAUGUCUUAGUGAAAGGGAUAUUGUGUAACAUUGCUUAAGACGCCUAUUCCAACCAUAAGUCACUCCCUGCAAAGCACCGUCCUGUCCUUUAGGUUGAAUAUUUAAGAGGCACUUUUAAUACAGAGAAGACCUCGAGACAAACCGUAUGGAUUCUUAAUGAUUGAUAUUACUCUUUACUGUUGCCUGUUUUCCUUAUUUUUUCCAUUUUAAAUGUGUGCUAUAUGUUUAUGAAUUAAGGUUUUAUCCUAACCAUGUUUGAAGUGUCUGGUGAAAGAGGGUUGUAGGAAUUAAAAAAAACAAACAAAAAAAAACAAAGCAAAUAUAUAUAUAAUUUCUUAUUUUAAAUAACACUUUCCUUUUGACAUGACCAGACAGGCUAUCUUGUUUGACCAUGCCAAGUUUUCCCGUUGUGGCUGCAGUCUUUAUUGUGAACCGCCCUUGUGUUAAGCCAGUAGCUUGAGGUAUACCUUUGGCCAGUCGUCCAGGGUGUCCCGCGCUCUCUAUUCGCGAAGGGACAGCGCCCCCUGGUGAUGCGGAAAAUUGUAGCUACUGUUGUGGUCAUCCGUGGAUGCAUGCUACUCUUACUUUAUCAGUCUUUAGUUUCUCAUGCAGUCUGAACCAUUGUGGAUAUUAUAAACACACACACACACACACAUUCACAGAAUGGCUUCAAUAAAAUUUCAAAAACAUUUGUAUCCAU